CCUUGGGAGACAGGGGCUUGCAACAAAUGAACUCCGGAACAGCUUUUAAGUCUUGUGAUUUAGGCAAAGAUGCCCCCGGUGUUUCUGGAGAAUAAGAGAAAAACAGAUGCCUGCUUUGACCUCGGUGUGUUAUCUUCGACUGUGUUUAUGCUGAGCAUGUUCUAGCAAGGAAAUCUAUUGUCAAUAGGGGGCAGGCAUUUGCGAGGUAGUGUUACUGUUUGACUUGGGGAUAUUAUCUGGCAAUGAAGCUUGAGUCUCUAUCCUAGAUGCUGUCAACAACCUCUUCUUCAGUUCUGGCAUAUCGUUCGUCUAUCGCAGGUCGAUAAUUGAGCUAAGAUGUGCAGUUUCCAGGUCCGCGUUUAUGGCUGCGGCCACUAUGUCAAGAAUCUCUCCAACCCGUGCAAGGAUGCUGAACGCCGCCAAUCCGUGUGCGAAACCGGCAUCACCGAGAUCGCCUGCACGACCGGCACGCGUUAUUGCGGCAUACCUGGCUGUGAUCGAAAGCAACGCCUCAGGCGGGAGGGACCACUGGAAAUCAGGUGA